UUUUGAGAUAGUUGGCCCGCUCUCGCAACAACUAAAGCUUUAGCAUCGUUCCGUAUAUCGGUGAUAAUACUUUGCGACUCCAAAAAAAAAAAAAAAAAAGAAGUACCUGCAGACUGGUUCUGGUAGAUAGGUAUCCAAAAUGGGCGCUUUGAGAAGAAUUAAAACAAAGCGCAGGACAAGGGAUUACGAUCAGGUUCGAGCUGAUAUCGAAUCCCCCAAACACCUUGCGCAGUACAAAGCAACCAAGGACCCCGAGGAUCUACCAGGGCUUGGAAAGCAUUAUUGCGUUGAGUGCUCAAAAUGGUUUGAGAGUGAACAUAACCUGGUUGCCCACACAAAGGGUAAAAACCAUAAACGAAGAAUUCGACUCCUACGCGAAGAACCUCAUACACAGAAGGUCGCUGAAGCCGCUGUGGGUUUAGGCACUGAUAAAGGCCUGCGUUCAGGAGAAACUGUUGUCGACAUGGAGGAAUAAGUUUCUACGACUACUACGCGAUUUAUGAGCAUCCGCGACUAUUGGAUAUACAUCUCCAAUAUGGAGGGGGAUAUGUCUCUUGGACAGACUGGACGAGAAGCGACAGAAAAAAAUUUCAUCCUUAGAAGGUUGAUGUUGUCUUUAAGACAAUGCUAUUGGUUGCAUAGCUCAAGUCCUUUCAGCCAAUCAGAAAUCGGCAGGGUCACAUGAAACACGUGAAACCACAUGCGCCGAAAACCGCCAGAGUUUGGCGCCCGAUUUACCGAGUACGCUGAUUCCGUCUUGCGGUGACCCGACUGGAAUCGCCGUUUCUCGGAUAUUCGUAUAUUGAGCUCCACUCUAAUCGGCCACUAUUUAGUUAGGGCGAGUAUUACUUACAAGUCGCAAUACAUGGACAUAACUUAAUUUUUGUAGACAAU